AUGUCUGCACCCCAGCAAGGAAACAUGGCCGGCGGCAAGGAGGACUACGUCGACAAGGUUGGUGCGCUCAUGUCUGCCAUGUAUACCCCCAGCUCACACUCACAACAGGGCCUCGACUCUCUCGAGAAGAAGCAGGGUCAGGACCCCAACAAGCUUCGCUCCGUCAACGAGAAGGUCACCGACACUGCUCGCGGCAUGUUCGAGAAGGCCACUGGUACGUCGCAAGAACUUCCAGACCAGUAUACAUCAGUGCUUACCUAUCAUCUUAGGCAAGAACGUUUCCGACAAGGUCUCGAACUAGAUACCCGAUCUCCUCUUUCCCUAAGGAUGAUUCAGUGCCAAUGCACAUGA